AGUUCAAACCGACGCCAUGGAGCCACAAGACCAUGCUCCAGAACCGAAGGCGAAGGCUCAUCCAAUACCACCUCCUCGUGGCAGUGAGCUAGAAAAAGGCGCCGUGCACGCCGCAUGGAAGGCCAAGGAGCUCAAAAGAGAGCAACAUAAAGUGGAAUUGCGCGGCGCCGAGCGUUUGGCCUUCGCUCGGGAGAGGCACCGGGCUUUUCGGGCUCGACAGCUUCGAGAUCGCGAGGCUGCUGCAGAAAGCCUGCAACGUGAUAUCUCCCAGGCUCAGGAGCACCUGUGGAAGACUCAGAUACAGACAGAUGCAGCCCUCGAGGAGAUGGAAGCUCAACAUGGCGUCUAUCAGGCUCAGGAAGCCGAAGCCCACUUGGCCAAGCAGCGCGCGCAGCAGCGGGUCUUCGGCUCCCGUGAAGAGUCGGCCACCUUCAGCGCCUGGACCGAGACCGAGGCGCACACAGCACUGCGCCAGGCCGAGGAGGCAGUUGAAGCAAGAAAGUCAGAAGUGAAGAAUGUGGUGGACUUUCACCGCACAGACCGUUUGGAGUUCAAGGAGAAGCUCCUACAAGAUAUUGCAGCAAGGGAGGCGGAAACCAAAGCCUUUGUGGAAGAUGUGAUCCACCAAACUAAGUCAAGCCUUCGACUAAAAGAAUCACAGCGGCACCACGCUGUUUCACACUUGGACAAGGUUGCAGAGAUGCACCAGGCCACCAGGACACAAGCACAGGGCCGAAUGAAGCUACAUGAAGAAAAGUCCAAGCAGCAGGUGAAGGAGCUGGAGAAGAUGACGCACCAACUACGAAUGCGCAGCGACGAGGCCUUGGCAGAGAAGAUGACCCAAACCACUGGUCAUUUAGCUGCGGCCAAGGCCUUUUGCGCCGAGGUGAAGGCCAGUAUUGGUGAAGAGAUCCGACUGGCCAAACUCAAUGUAGCCAAGAUUGAGGAGGAAGCGGCCAUGAACACGCGGAACGAACAGCGUAAGGUUCAAGAAUUGGAAUCCAAAGCGCUGGACAAUUUCAAGGAGUCAGUGGAAGAAGCUCAAAGCACUUGGCAAGAGACGGCGACAAAGCGUAAAGCCUUGCAGGCGGAAUUGGAAGACCUUCAUGCAAAGUACCAGAGCCUGCACGAUGCCACCCAAGCAAAGAUGAAAUCCAUCAUGGAGGAGUGGAAGAAAGACCGUGAAUCCAUGGAGGAGAAGGUUAAGGCUUGCGAGGAACGACGCCAGGAAGCUUUCGACGGCGUUACUCAGGCCAUGAGACAGACCACAGAGGCCAUGGAGGCCAGAAAUAAGGAGAUGCAAGAGAGCUGCAUUCAGAUUGUUCUGCAGUGCCAGCGCCAGAGUGAGGACCAGGUCUUCCAGACCUACGAGACGGCGGCGGAGGCGGCGCGCAGGGAGGAGCUCUUUGCCGACGAGACGCUGAAAGAAGCGCAGCAGUGGAAGGGACAGAUACAGGGCAUCGAAGAGAGGGCCGAUGAAGAGAUCAACGCCUACCAACUGCGGGCCCAGUCCGUGGAAGUUCAAUUGGAAAAGGAUGCCCAAGCCCAGGCGACGCCGUCGGCAAGCGCCUUGCGCAAACAGCACACGAGGAGGAGAAGGUCUACAUCUCCGAGACGGCUGCGGCCUGGGCACGGCUUCGGAAGGCCUGCUACCAUCUUCGCCUUGCGAAUCUCCACGACUUUGCCAAGAGCAUCACGGCUGGGGAAUUUGAUGCCAAAAUUGGGAGCGAGAACUGACUCCGCAACGUUCCUCGGAAGUUGUUCUUGAUGGCUUGGAGCAGGUGAAGAAGACCUAAACAGGAUGCUUUAAAAUCUGAAAACUUGACUGACACCCAGUCAUAGAACCAGGAGAGUCGUUCACAGGUGUUGGCGCCAAAAAUGCCAGGAUGUUGAACUGCUCUGACAAACAGGGUUUUUGCACAUGCUGACAUGGCAGUUUUUCAGCACGUUGGUUCUCCCACUUGGGGAGCAAAGCCGAACCAACAGGAGGCGAGAAUCUAUGUUUCAUGGGGUGCGAGGAAGAUCCUUGCUGUCAAAGCACACCCAUGAAGGGCGGACUGUGCUCAUGAGAUUCCAUUGUCUAAUCUGUGAGGGGGGUUUCCGUGAAGAGAAAGGCCGGACAUCCUUCCAUGGGCACAACUCUAUGUGUUUCACCGUUUUCCCGCCGGUACGAAGAUGGCAUGGCCAUCGCUCCACGUUUCACAGCAGGAGCCACGCCAGUUUGCACUCCAAGGAUCCAAAAA